ACAUUUUAAUGAAUUUAUCAUUUAAUUAAACCUAAUUAAGUUCAGCAUUAUUUUUUAGUCCUUCUGUAACAUUUUCUCUCAAUAUACUUAUACGAAUUCCCGUAAUUUCUCUAUUUUUCGGCCAUUUUUCCCGGUUGAUUUUCCGCAACGAUUUCCUUGUGAUAGGUUGAAGUAGAAGCUAUUCUGGCUGCUGAAAAUCCGCCGAUUCACUGGGUAUGUGUGUGUAUGUAAGCAAGAAGUGAUUGCAAUUAUUUUUUGUUCUUGAAAAAUGUGUGCCGAAACAGAACCGUCUUUUGACUGAGAAUAUUUGCCAAAUAGUUUUGAAUUUUUGAACUGAGGGUUGAAAAUAGCGGAAGCAGGAACCGUCGUUUGACUGAGAUUGUAUGCCAAGUAGUUUUGAAUUUUUGAACUGUGUAAAAAAUAGUCAACUAGUCUACAUUGUCAAAAAAAAUUAAAAUUAAAAAAAAUAAAAUGAGAUUGUGAGAUUUUGAGAAUCUAUUAUUGCGAGCGUGUAUUAAAUGGUGUGGGCGACGUGUUUACUCGUUGAUGGUGGUGAUGCAUGCUUGUUCAUUUCCAGUGAGGAUAGGGUGAUAAUAAAACAACUUUGUAGGCCUUGAUUCGGUGUAUGUCGGAGCAUUAAAGUUAUUUGGACAUCUGUGUUUUCCAUUCAAGUGAUGGCGUCAGUGGUGGAGAAUCGAUCGGUGGAUCCGUUGCUAAAAGAUCUGAGUGAGAAGAAGCGGAGCUUCCGUCGGAACGUGGAGUCACUGGCGGCAGAGCUAAAGGAGGUCCGCAGCCGUCUAGCUUCGCAGGAACAUUCAUAUGCUCGCGAAAGCCUUAACAGACAGGAAGCAGAAACCAGAGCCCAGUACCUGGAAAAAGAGAUAAGUAGAUUGCAGAAUAGUUUAGAGGAAAGAAAUCAGCAGCUUCGGGCUACAUCAUCUGUGGCCCAUAUGUAUGUGAAGGAUUUGGAUAAUCUGAGAUCACAGCUUUCAGCGACUAAAGCAACAGCGGAUGCAAGUGCGCUAUCUGCUCAAUCUGCACAAUUACAGUGUUCAGCACUGUUGAAAGAAUUAGAAGUGAAAAAUUGCUCUUUAAAAGAGCACGAGAUUCGUGUGAAUAAACUGGGACAACAAUUAGAUCUUCUUCAGAAAGAUCUUCAGUCAAGAGAAUUUUUUGAAAUGCAACUCAAGGAUGAAGUCUUGAGAAUUGAGCAUGAGAUCAUUCAAACAUUGGCUAAGGCUGGAGCAAAUAAAGAUUGUGAGCUCUGGAAAAUAUUAGAUGAGGUUUCCCCGAAGAAUUUUGAGAAGAUGAAUAAGCUAUUGACUGCAAAGGACGAAGAAUUAGCUAAGUUGAGAGAUGAAGUCAGGAUUAUGUCUGCUCAUUGGAAGCAGAAGACUAAAGAGUUGGAGUCUCAGUUAGAGAAGCAUCGUAGAGCCGAUCAGGAGCUGAAAAAGAAAGUCCUCAAGUUAGAGUUUUGUCUUCAAGAAACUCGAUCUCAAACUCGGAAGCUCCGAAGGAUGGGAGAACGAAGAGAUAAAGCGCUGAAGGAACUAAGAGAUCAGUUGGCAGCAAAACGACAGGGUACACCAAUAAAUGAAAAACAUAACAUAUGGGAAACUUCUGGUUUCAAGAUUGUAGUUUCCAUGUCAAUGUUGAUCUUAGUAGUAUUCUCCAAGAGAUAAUUUGAUCUUAGUAGUAUUCUCGAAGAUGUAAUGUUAUCGUAUUUUCUUUUCCUAAUGUAUACUAAGAUCAGAUGCAUAGUGGUAAAUUCGAUUAGAAUAGUGCAAGAUUUUGCACUGAGGGUCA